AUGUACAAUUCGAAAUGUACUGACAAUGUUUGUUUCAGACCAGCGGUAGUGGAUGAGCACCACGAGCGCAAAGCCUCCAUCUUCGAUGAUGAGCAGAAGCGUAAAGAGAGCGUCGCUCGUCUCACUGCUAAUUUCGAGGGAGAAAUCAAAAACCCACUCGUUGACAUUUCGCGCGAGCAACUUAUAGCCAACGUCCACGACUUCGCCACAGAACACCAAUUGACUGACGUCGAACCGCUCCUUGUCAAAGGCGCCCUUCUUGCGCAGUCGCCCGCCCUCUUCGAGGAACUCGAAGAACUAGACGAAGCAGACCGUACGGCUGUCCGUGAGGAGAUUACGCAUCGAUUCAAGUUACCGCGGACACUCUACUUUACCAUCAUCCUCAACUCCAUCGCAGCUGCUAUCCAGGGCUGGGACCAAACGGGAUCUAAUGGGGCUAAUUUGACUUUUGGUCAGGCCUUGGGCAUCCCAGAUUCUGGCUCUGUGUGUGAGGCGGCGGGAACGUGUGAGAAGAAUGGAUGGAUUAUUGGGUUCGUAAAUGCUUGUCCUUAUAUAGCUAUUGCUGUUUUCUGUGCCUGGAUCUCUGAUCCGGUGAACGAACUCUGCGGCAGGCGUGGUACCAUCUUCAUCGCUGCCAUCUUCUCACUUUUGGCACCCUUCGGUAUGGGUCUGAGCCAGACGUGGGGUCAGCUUGCUGUGUGUCGCGUACUCCUUGGAGUCGGUAUGGGACUCAAGGAAGUUACUGUGCCUGUUUUCUCGGCGGAAAACGUACCAGCUAGUGUGCGUGGUGGACUCGUCAUGUCGUGGCAGAUAUGGACAGCCUUCGGAAUCUUCCUAGGGACGUUUGGAUCUGCUUUUAUCCCUGCUGUACCUCUCUGCAUUGGCAUUUGGUUCGUACCCGAAAGUCCUCGGUGGCUCAUGAAAAAGCGCAAAUACGCCAAAGCGUAUCGCUCCUUCCUCCGACUACGGAAUACUCCUCUACAAGCUGCACGUGACCUCUACUACACCCACUGCUUGUUGGAGCAGGAAGAGGUCUUGAUCCGUGAAGCUGGGAUUAACCCCAAAUCAAAUUUCUUCACACGCUUCGUAGAGUUGUUCACUAUUCCGCGCGUUCGUCGAGCGACGCAAGCUUCUGGUAUUGUUAUGAUAGGGCAGCAGAUGUGCGGUAUCAACAUCAUCGCAUUCUACAGCUCAACGAUCUUCGCAGAGGGAGGAGCCACGAACAAGGAAGCUCUCAUUGCGUCGUUUGGCUUCGGUCUUGUCAACUUCACUUUCGCGUGGCCUGCUGUCUGGACAAUCGAUACUUUCGGUCGCCGCGGACUGCUCCUGUUCACGUUUCCGAAUAUGUUCUGGACACUUCUCGUAGCUGGGAUGUGCUACUACAUCCCCAAGGAUAGUGACGCGCAUCUGGGUUUGAUCGCCUUCUUCGUGUAUCUCUUUGGUGCCUUCUACUCUCCUGGAAUGGGACCAGUACCUUUCACAUACUCAGCCGAGGUAUUCCCGCUCUCCCAUCGUGAAGUGGGGAUGUCGUGGGCUGUGGCUACGAACAACUUCUGGGCAGCGGUCCUGUCGCUUACACUUCCUCGUAUGCUCAAAGUUAUGAAGCCUCAGGGAGUAUUCGGCUUCUACGCCGGUAUGAACGUUGUCGCUCUCAUCAUGAUCUUCUUGUGGUUACCUGAGACUAAACAACGAACACUCGAAGAGCUCGACUAUGUCUUUGGUGUUCCCACGCGCACGCACAUGAAAUACCAGGCCGGUCAGAAUCUACCUUGGUGGUUCAAGACGUACGUCCUCCGGCAAAAGGGUCUCUCCAAGCCUCAGCUGUAUAAAUUUGGCGAUCAACGACCCCCUGUGAGCGUGACGGCGCAGAUGAGCUACGCUUGGAAUACGUACAUUCUUCGCAAGAAGGGUCUGGCUAAGCCAGAUGCCUAUGUCAAGGCGUCGCCUCGCGGCGAGAAGCAGGUGUAG